CUUCACACUCACUCUUCUUCCCGCCUUCCGCCAUGGCCAAAUCUCUCCCCCUUCUUCUUCGUCUUCUUCUCUUUCCACUUAUCUUCGUCUCCUUCGCAUCCUCUCUCCAGGGGAAUGACACGCACGCUCUUACCCUCUUCCGCCUCCACACCGACACCCAUGGCAACCUCGCCGGGAACUGGACAGGCGCCGAUGCUUGCUCCGCCGCGUGGCGCGGCGUUGUCUGCUCGCCGUUUUCCCGCCGCGUCACGUCCCUCUCUCUCCCGUCGCUCUCUCUUCGCGGCCCACUUCUCUCUCUUUCUCUCCUCGACCAGCUUCGCCUCCUCGACGUCCAUGACAACCGCCUCAACGGCACUGUUUUGCCACUCACCAACUGUACCAACCUCAGGCUCGUUUAUCUCUCCGGUAACGAUCUCUCCGGCGAGAUCCCUCCGGAGAUAUCAACCCUCAAGCAUCUGAUUCGUCUCGAUCUCUCAGACAACAACAUCCGCGGCGUGAUCCCCACGGAGAUUCUCGGGUUGACCCGGGUUCUGACGAUCCGGGUCCAGAGCAACGUGUUAACGGGUCGGAUUCUGGAUUUCUCCCAGAUCAGAUCGCUGUUAGAGCUCAACGUCUCGUACAACGAGCUGUACGGACGAGUCCCCGACGGCGUGAUGAAGAGCUUCGGUGACCACAGCUUCGCCGGAAACGAAGGGCUUUGCGGGUCGGGUCCGUUACCUGCCUGCCCUUUUACCAGUGACCCGGAAUCUUCCGACACAGAUCAGACAAUCCCGUCCAACCCAACCUCGGUUUCGCCGGUCUCCGCCGGAAAAUCCAGGAAUACCGAACGCCACCCAGCGCUAACUCCAGGCGCGAUCGCCGCCCUGAUCGGAGGAUGCGUUGCGGUGCUCAUCGUUUCAUCCUUCACCUUUGCGUUCUGCUGCGGAAGACGAGACGGCAGCAGCAGCAGCUUCGCCGACGGUUCCAAGGCAGCGAGCAUCGAGAGCGGGGGCGGCGGGGGAGGAGGGAAGAGGCGAAGCAGCUACGGCGGAGGAGAGGAGAGCGACGGUACAACGGCAACCGACAGGAGCAGGCUUGUGUUCUUCGAAAGGAGGACACAGUUCGAGCUCGAGGAUCUGUUGCGAGCUUCGGCGGAGAUGCUGGGGAAAGGGAGCUUGGGGACGGUGUACAAGGCGGUGCUUGACGACGGCUCCAUUGUUGCGGUGAAGAGACUCAAGGACGCGAACCCAUGCCCGAGGAAAGAGUUCGAGCAGUACAUGGAGAUCAUCGGGAGGCUCAAGCACCCCAAUGUCGUGAAACUCAGAGCUUAUUAUUACGCUAAGGAAGAGAAGCUUCUUGUUUAUGAUUACCUUCCCAAUGGAAGCUUGCACUCCCUUCUUCACGGGAAUCGAGGACCGGGAAGGAUCCCACUGGAUUGGACAACAAGAAUCGGUUUGAUCCUAGGAGCAGCAAGAGGCUUAGCCAAGAUCCACGACGAGUACAGCAUAUCCAAGAUCCCACACGGCAACAUCAAGUCAUCGAACGUCCUCCUCGACAAAAAUGGCGUCACACUGAUCUCCGACUUCGGCCUCUCCCUCCUCCUCAACCCCGUCCACGCCAUCUCCCGUCUCGGCGGCUAUCGAGCCCCCGAGCAAUCCGAGAUCAAACAUCUCUCCCAGAAAUCCGAUGUCUACAGCUUCGGGGUCUUAAUCCUCGAGGUCCUCACCGGAAAAGCCCCCUCGCUGUACCCGUCCCCAUCACGGCCAAGAUCCACGGCGGCAGUGGCUGUGGAGGAGGAGGAGGAGGAAUCUGCGGUCGAUCUCGCCAAGUGGGUAAGGUCCGUAGUGAAGGAGGAGUGGACAGCCGAAGUGUUCGACCCGGAAUUGCUUAGGUACAAGAACAUAGAAGACGAGAUGGUUACAAUGUUACAUAUUGGAUUGUCCUGUGUAAUGCCACAGCCUGAGAAGCGGCCGACGAUGGCGGAGGUUGUGAAGAUGGUGGAGGAGUUAAGGGUUGAGCAGUCACCGGUCGGAGAUGAUUACGAUGAGUCGAGGAGCUCGCUUUCGCCGUCAAUGGCUGCUACCGAGCAAGGUCAUGUUUAAAAAAUGGUGAAAGAGGUGAUGUAAGAAGAACAUAUUUUUAUGUUGUGGUAUGUUUCUUUCAGGUUCUUGCUUAGAUCCUGUGUGAAGGUGUUUCGUAAGUUUUAUGUGUAUCCAACGUUAUGGCUAUGUAGCAUAUUAUGGGUUUUGAAGGGUGAGUUUCAGUUGUGAAAUUCAGUAUUUAUAUCAUUAUGCCAUAUUUUGAAAUA